ACAGUGAGGGUAUUUAGCUAUUGAAAAAAUUUACCAAAGUUUAUGUCAGAUUGGCCAUCUCUGGUAAUUUUAAAAUCAAGAUUCAGUGUUUUUUUUAAAUGAUGUAUUCUAAUUGAAGUCAAAAUUUCAGUGGUUGUGGGAUUGGGUGAUGAGAAAGUUUCUGUGUUGUGUGCAUAUGUAAACCUGAGAAAUACACAUCUAUUUUUCAAUGACAAAUGUUGUUCUCUUGUUCAGAUUCAGAAAGGGAAGAAGAUCAUUCUCAAGCAGAGCACCUAGAAGAGGAGAUGGCUGCAAUGAGGAAUGAAUUAGCCCAAGUCAAGGAGGACAUGGAAUGGAGAAGGGUUCGGAACAAUUCAGAUGACAUCACUCUUGACGCAAACACAGCACACCCCAACCUCUCCAUUGCUCCCAAUAAGAAGAGUUUUACACAUGAAGCCCAACCUCAGAAAGUUCCACCAAAUCCAGAGAGGUUCGAUUCGACUGUCUGUGUGUUGGGCUGUGAAGGGUUCUCCUCUGGAAAGCACUACUGGGAGGUGGAUGUUGGGAGCAGCACUGACUGGGACCUGGGAGUGGCCAGAACAACAAUACAGAGAGAAGGAAAACUCUCCUUGUCCCCUAAAGAGGGAUUCUGGGCUCUGGGUCUGAAUGGGAGAGAUUACUGGGCAAAAACAGACCCAUGGACCCGGGUCAUGGUGCAGAAAAAGCCCCAAAAAAUGGGAGUUUACCUUAGUCACCAAGACAGGCAGGUGACUUUUUUCAAUGUAACUGACAUGUCUGUGUUGUUCACAUUUAAUGAUUGUUCAUUCUUAGGAGAGGUUUAUCCGUUCUUUAAAAAUUCACACAAAGAAACAACAAUGAGAAUUUGUUCAAUUAAAGUGGAAUAAAUAUAACAUGGCACUGAUGCUGAUUUUUUACUGGUGUAACUGAAAUCAAGGUUUUCACGAAUGUAU